CAUUGCACCAUCUAAAGACAAGAAUUCAGUGAUGGCUUUCACAUACUUGCUAGUAUUGUUCCUUGGAGUUGUGGCUGUCACCACUCCCUCCUUCGGUACCUACGAGACACCCAGCUAUGGAAAACAACCAAAGAAGCCAGAACCUAAGUCACCCAAGCCUCCUGUGCAUGAACUUCCAAAGAAGCCUCCAACAUAUGACCCUAAGCCACCAGUCCAUAAACUUCCAAAAAAAGAGAAACUAGAACACAAGCCACCAUCAGAUGAACUUCCAAAUAAGCCUCCAAUGUAUAAACCUACGCCAUCAAUCCAUGAACCUCCAAAGAAGCCUCCAAUGUAUAAACCUAAACCACCAGUCCACGAAUUUCCAAAGAAGCCACCGAUUCAUGAACCUAAACCACCAAAGCCAGCAGUUCACGAACCUCCAAAGAAAGAGAAACCAGAACACAAGCCACCGAUAUAUGAACCUCCAAAGAAGCCACCAAUCCAUGAACCUCCAAAGAAGCCUCCAGCAUAUAAACCUAAACCACCAGUCCAUGAACCUCCAAAGAAAGAGAAGUCAAAACCCAAAUCACCCGUACAUGAACCUCCAAAGAAGCCACCGAUGCAUGAAUUUAAACCACCAAAGCCACCAAUCCACGAACCUCCAAAGAAAGAGAAACCAGAACCCAAGCCACCAGUUUAUGAACCUCCAAAAAAACCACCUUAUGGUCACUAUCCAGGACACCCUCCAUUGGAGAAGCUCCCCUCACCUAGCCAUCUGAAGAACUGAGCCACUUCUAUGGCUAUGUAGAUAGAUCAGUACUUACAAAUAAGAGUGGCGGCCAGCUAGUUUCAUUUUCUUGUAUGCCAUUGUUAUCAUGUAAUGUUUUCUUUAUAUGUUAAUCCUCUUGUUGUUGAAUGAGCAUAUUCUGGUUCAGUUUA